ACCAUGUAUUUGUACAACUUCACAUCCAAGGCAUCGACGCUGCUGGUAUCUUCAAUAAUAGGCCAAUUCACAAAAAAACAACAGCUUGUGAUAGCCACUGCUAACACCCUUGAAACUUGGAUACAGCAGGAUGAAAAGAUCGAGAAAGUGCGUCUGCAAUUCAGUUUUGGGAUCAUCCAAAAGCUCGAAAAACUUAGACCUCUUGGUUUCGAUAGAGACUUAUUGGUGAUAACAUCAGAUUCAGGAAACUUGACUGUAUGCGAGUUCAAGCAUGAGGAGUUCGUGCCGUUGUUCCAUGAACCUCAUUCAAAAAACGGUCUUCGAAGCAUUACUCCCGGUGAGUACCUUGAUAUUGAUCCCCAUAACCGUGCAAUCAUGAUCAGUGCAGUGGAACGCAAUAAGUUGUUGUACCGAGUCCAUGUCGAGAACGAACGGGUCUCGUUGAGUUCUCCCUUGGAAUGUUUGAGUAACAACACCUUCACUUUGUGCACUUGUGCUGUGGAUAACGGGUUCAACAACCCUCUCUUUGCUGCUAUAGAAAUCGAUUCCAACAAGAAAACCGUCUUGAACUACUAUGAAUUGGACCAGGGGUUGAACCACGUAAUGAAACGUACGGAAGAUGUGCCUGAAUCGGCCAACUUGUUGAUCCCUUUCGAUGGGUUGAUGGUAUGCUGUGAUGGGUUUAUAUUGCAUAAUGGAAAAGAACUUGCCUUUCCCAAGAAGAGCAAGAUAGUCAAUUAUGUGAUCCAUAAGUUGAAGAAUGACUUCUUUGUGCUCCUACAAAACGAGUUUGGUGACCUCUUCAAAGUCGACACUGACCAGAUCAACUACUUUGGCCACCUUCCUGUUUCUGUGGCUAUCAAUAUUUUCAAAAAUGGGCACUUGUACGCUAAUUGUUCCAACACAAAUAAGUUGUACUGUCAGAUCACAGGUUUAAAAGUCAGUAGGUCUACCUCAGACAAUUUAGAGAAUCUUGAACUCGUGCAAACAAUAGAAUCAUUGGAUCCAAUUCUUGAUAUCAAGCUUAAAGACUCCCAUUUGAUAACUGCUAAUUCUACCAGUGUGAAGACGCUUGUGCAUGGAGUUCCCACCACCACAAUUGUAGAGUCUCCAUUGCCAUCGUCACCUCUCAAGAUAUUCACCACCAAACUAACAAGAGAUGAUGUUAACGAUGCUUAUCUAGUUAUAUCUUCAUCUGAAACAUCGGUGUUGUCUAUAGGAGAAGAAGUGGCAGAGGUAACAGACUCAAAGUUUUCUAAAGAUCCUACUAUACUUGUUCAACAGGUUGGUAAAAUGGCUUUGAUACAAGUAUAUUCCAAUGGUAUUAAGCAUAUAAAUGGGGAGAAAGUGACCGACUGGUUCCCACCAGCUGGGAUCAACAUCAUAAAAGCUAGCAGCAAUAAUCAACAGCUUAUUAUUGGUUUGACUAACAACGAAGUCAUUUACUUUGAAGUUGACGUUGAUGACCAAUUGGUAGAAUAUCAGGAUAAAGUUGAGUUACCUACAAACAUCACAGCCUUGGCUAUUUCCAAAGACUUUGCGGUUGCUGGGUGUGCCGAUGAAACCGUCCAAGUUAUAUCCUUGAAGCAACAGAACUGCUUAGAGAUUCUAUCGAUGCAAAUGCUUAGCAGCAACAGUUCUGCAAUUGAGUUUCUGGAACAAGAAGUUCAUAUUGGAAUGGAGAAUGGGUUGUUUGUUAGGACCAAUAUCGAUGCUCGAGGGAAAUUAUCCAAUACGAGAGUAAAGUAUCUUGGGACAAAGCCAAUCCGUCUUUCAAAAAUAAAUGAUUCGAUUCUUGCUAUAUCCUCCAAGCCAUGGGUGGGAUUUAAGACCAAUGGGAACUUCAAUAUAGUUCCUUUAAACGACAUAGAUAUCACAGACGGAACUUCCUUCUACUCUGAAGAUAUCGGAGGUGAAGGAAUUGUGGGAUUUCGAGGUAAUGAUCUAAUCAUCUUCACUAUUGACGACUUCAGGAACAAUUUCAUAAUAUCCACUGAAGAUAUUCCAGCAACUAAAUUGUUAGUGGACAAUGAGGUGUACUCGUUAGGGAAAGAGUUGGUUAGAAACAACAAAGAGAAGUUCGCUUUUGAAGAGUCACCAUUGUCCAUUUGCAGGUUCAAAGAUUAUGUUGUGGUGGGAGUGACAAAUCCAAAUUUCUUAUACACUUUUAAGGAUAUGAAGCUUGUUCAUAAGACAGAAGUUGAAAUGCCACCGAGAUCGAUACUCGAGUUCAAUGGAAGACUAUUAGUGGGAAUGGAUAACCUCUUACGAACAUACGAUUUGGGGAAAAAGCAGCUAUUGAGGAAGUCUUCCACUGCCAUUAAACACAUCAACAAAAUUAUCAGAAUUGUUUAUCAGGGAAAGGAUAGAAUUGUUGUUGGAGAUUCCAACAACUCCACAAUUUUCUGUAAAUUUAUUGAAAAUUCAUUCGUACCGAUUUCAGACGAUACUAUGAACAGGCAAAUUACGUCCUUAUCAACAUUGGACUACGAUACUGUAAUUGGUGGUGAUAAGUUUGGAAAUGUGUUUGUCAACAGAAUCAAAUACGAUAAUACCUACUUUGUUGAGGAACUGUAUUUGAACGGGUCAUCUGGGAGAUGCCAAACUUUAGCUGAGUUCUUCUUAAAUGAUAUUCCCAUGUCUUUCACAAAGGGAACUUUGGUUCUUGGAGGGCCAGAAGUUAUUAUUUAUGCUGGGUUACAAGGUACUAUUGGUAUUCUUCUACCAAUCAGUGAAUCAGACUUCAAGUUCUUGAGCAAUCUUCUGAUUGAGUUGAACAAAGAUUUAUUACUUGGUAGAGACCAUAUGAAGUUCAGAGGAUAUUAUAAUUCAACUCACAAUGUCAUUGAUGGAGAUAUAAUUGAAAAAUUCCUUGAAUUGAAUGCUUCAAGUAGAAUAAAAAUCUCCAAUAAACUCAAUAAGUCUGUGAGAGAAAUUGAAAACAAGAUUAAUGAUUACAGAGAAAAGUCCGCCUUUUGAAGAAUAACUUUCAGAUUCUCAUACCUAAUAAUAUAUAAUAAUACAUCAAUAUACACAACAUACAAACAAACAACACCAAGUUCAAUUUCAUCUAUUCAAGUAGACUCAGCCUCCUUGUUUUUAAUUGGAGAUAAAUCCUUAUCAUUGAACUUUCUGUUUAUAGUAGGACUCACUUCAUUCAGUUCAUCCCCAGUUUUUCGUAAUGGUGUUUGUCCAUUAGGAGUACUAAAUUGUACAAAGUUCCAAAAUGCUGGUGAUGAUUGAUUUGUAUUCAUACCAUUAGGCAAUGAUAAAUUCUUAUGGUUGAAAGACUUUGAUCCUCUUUCUGGAGUAAAUGCUUCCAAAGGAGCCACUUUCUUUGGACUUGUGAAACCCAAUGCUAAAUCAGAAGUGGCAUUCGUGUGUUGAUUGGAAGAAUUUGGCUCACUUGUGGGGAAAGAAUCAUUCAAGGGUUGAUUAUAAGAAUUUGAUCUUGAAUGGUUAGCAGGUGCAGAAGUUCCCAAACCUAUAUUUGAGGAGGAUGGAGGAGGCGGUAAAUUAUACAAGUUGCCGUUUGUCUUUGGGAGUUUUGGAGUAUUCAGAUCAUUCAACCGGAUUGGUGAGUCGUUGGGUAAAUUAUACAUCAAAGGCUGAUAGUUCAUCCUUUGCAUGUACCCAUUCCCAUUCAUUUGGGAAUUAAGGCUUUGCUGGGGUUGGAUACCACCCUGAAGCGGGACCUGUUGAUGCGAUUGAGUAGAAUUUUGGGGUAUUUGCUGGGAUAACCCUUGAGGAGGAAUUUGCUGAUGCUGAGGAUAGUAUUGCAAAUUGUUCACGCCAAUGGAGUUGUUUCUCAGAUGUCCAUCAGUAGAAACCCCAUUAGACCCUUGCUUAUCAUCUUUCAUAUAAUAUCUUCCGGAUUCAGGUAAUGCUUGAUGGGUGGCCAAGUGUAAUUGUAAUUGUCUAGAAACACUUGAACCUCUUCUGGUUUUAGAGAUUGCACCAUUGCUUACCUUGUUCAAGAACUCAUCCUUAUAGGAUUCGCUUAUUUGCCAUUUCAUACCCUUUCCUGGUUCAUUUGGACGUCUAGGAACUUUUUCAAAAGCUUUGUUCAACGAUAAGUUAUGCCUUAUAGAGUUUUGCCAACCAGUCUUGGAAUACUUAUAGUAGGCAUAGCGACCUGAGAUCCAAUCGUAUAUCUCAGACAAUGACAUCACCCCAUCUUCAUUGGAUAAGAUGGAUUGAGUGAUCAUAGUUGCAUAAGAAUAUGGUGGUUUUAUGUCCUUGGAUUCUUCUUUUGACAAAUCCUGGUCAAGAUUACUUUGCAAUGAGCUUGCAGAAAGCUGGGAAGGAGAAUGAGUCAAGUGAUUUUUCUCAAACAUCUGGAAUGUCUUGUUGGUUUGAGGAACCAUCGUGUGUUGUUGAGGAAAAUAGGUAUAAGAAGUGGUAUUGGUAGAAGUCGAGGCUUUGCGUUGCUUCGACAUUGUCAGUUGAUAGCGAGAAAGGCAUAGCUCCAUCAUUUUCUGAUCAAGUUUGGGUGGAGAGUCGGGUAGAAUGAACAUCACCUGGGUUCCACCAAUGUCUAAUAUAGCACCCGAAUGUAAAGGGGUUGGAGAGCUAUCGACACCAACUUUGACACCAUCGACUUUGGCACCGUUCCGGCCCAAAAUCUUCAAUUCCCAGCAUCUCAAGUCCAAGUUGUAGGUUAUAUUCGCGUGCUGUCUGGAAACCACCUUGGCAGGGCCCAAGUCGAUAUCGAUGGAAUUAGUAUGUGAUCCUUGAUUAUCGGUAUUUCUACCAAUAGAAAUGGCCAAGGACUUUACGUAGUAGGUCCAAGUGGAGCCAGAGAUCUUGGCGUAUGCUUGCACUUCGGUAGCGAUGUUCUUUUCGUUGGAGUAGUUGAUUGAUACGUUUGUUUUCUCAUCUGGCGUUUGUAAGCAAGAAAUAACCGCGUUUACCAAGUCCGCCGGGUCUUCGAAAGAGGGAACGUCGGACUCGAUCUCGUGGAUCGACCGUUUGCUGCCGGGAGUGGAAGCGUGAGACAUUGACUUAUAUAUGAAGAAGAUGCUCAGAUGUGAGAAAGAUGAUUGGCUUUUGGGAGUCAGGCCAAAAAGGGGGGGACAAGACGGAAACAAACGCGAAUCAAGGGACCUGGGGAGUAUAAGUACUAGGAAACACUUAGAAGACGUGUCAGGUAGAUUAAGGGGUCCAACAAGUAAGAUACUCGAGUGUUUUCACCUUGUGGUGCCAGUGUUUAUAUUUACUUUUC